AUGACCCAGGUCAGCAAUGUGCUCAACACCAUCUUCCAGCAUCUGUUUGCAGUGCAGCUGCAGCAGUUUCCAUUGAAGGACUCAGCAGUGCAGUUCCUUAUUGAAUUCCACAUCUGCCACUGGUACGAGAUGAGCAAGAAGAUAUCUGAGAGCAAGCAUCUGGUGGUGACUGUGGACGGCACAACCAAGGGCCAUGAGCGUUCAUUCCUCACCCUGCAAGUCAAUGGCAUCUGUGACAAUCAGUUGUGGAGGGGAAUGGUGGGUGUCUACAAGAUGCCCUAUGGGAAAACAGCAAGAGAGCAGGCCAAAGCAAUCAUGGGAGCGUGGGACGACCUUGUCAAGCAGCAGAAGAAGCUGUGCAUGCCAACAACCAAGCUGUUCAAGGUCUGUGGCAUCUCCUAUGACAACACCAACAACAAUCAGGGAAACUGUGGUGGUGUGCAAGUCCUGCUUGAUCAAGAGAGGGAGAGGAGGGCAAUGUCAGCCAACCACAAGUUUUGGCCCCUCAUUGAGAAGAGCUGUACCAAGCACACACUCUCCCUCUGUCCAAAGCGAUUCAAGAGCCUGGUGAAGCUCACAGUCAUGAAAUGGAAGUGGCUGCACCUGCAGGCGCCAGCGGAUGUGAAGCAGUACCACAAGCUGUUCACAUUGUUGAUGCAACAAAUCUCACAGCGCCUGAUCAAAGGGUCAUGGAUGAGGCCAUGGUGA